AAUGCAUUGAAGUUUUUGGGUUCUACACCCCGUCAAGGUGAAUUUCAAGGAGUAGGUGCAUAAGCAGGUUUUCAGGUCUUCAAAGAAGAUGCAUCACUCCACCCUUCUAUGUUUGUUCAUCCUCUUAUCUGCUAUGUCAGGAUCUUAUUGUGGUAAAAUUUUGGUCGUUCCAGUGGAUGGAAGCCACUGGAUCAAUAUGAAGGUCCUCAUUGUGGAGUUACAUGCAAAAGGUCAUAAUAUCACUGUGAUCCGGGGUUCUAGCAGCUGGUACAUUAAAGAGGAGUCUUCUUACUACACUUCCAUUACUGUGGAUAUUGGUGCAUUUGAUGAUGAUUUCAUGGUGACGUUUCUCCCCCACUUACUGAAGAUCCAGAGACAAGGAAGGUCAUUUUGGAGUGAAAUGGCAACUGCUGAUGAGAUUUAUAGCAGGUUUACAAAAAUCCACCAGCAAAUAUGCAAUAUGACAGCAACAAUAUUUGAAAAUGAAACCUUGAUAAAUUCACUGGAGGAUGCCAAAUAUGACGUUGUUCUUACGGAUCCUGCUUUUGGAGGUGGAGUGUUACUGGCACAUCGCCUUGGCCUCCCUCUUGUGCUUAAUGUGCGUUGGACCAUGUACGGAGAGGCACAUUUUGACAUAGCUCCAUCUCCUCUCUCAUAUACACCUGUUACAGGUUUGCAGCUCACCGAUAAGAUGACCUUCAGUCAAAGAGUCAAGAAUGUGAUGACAUAUAUGAUGUUAUUUUAUAAGAAUUCAAAGUAUUUUGGCCAUCCUUACAAAGAGUUCUCACAGAAAUAUUUUGGCCCCAGUGUCGAUUUCUUCUCCCUCCUCCAGGAUGCAGACAUCUGGCUCAUGAGAAAUGAUUUCACUUUUGAGUUUCCACGACCCACAAUGCCCAAUAUUGUCUACAUGGGCGGCUUCCAGUGCAAACCUGCUAAGCCACUUCCAGCAGACCUUGAGGAAUUUGUGCAGAGCUCUGGACAGCAUGGUGUUGUCAUCAUGACUUUGGGAACUGUUUUUGGUCAGCUUCUGAGUGAUAUAAAUGAUGAGAUUGCUGCAGCUUUUUCCCAAUUGCCCCAAAAGGUUAUUUGGAGGCACACAGGACCACGGCCUGCCAACCUUGGUAAUAAUACUUUGAUAGUAGACUGGCUCCCCCAGAAUGAUCUUCUUGGACAUCCUCAGACUAAGGUUUUUGUAGCACACGGAGGCACCAAUGGUGUUCAGGAAGCCAUCUACCAUGGGGUGCCUAUUGUGGGUCUCCCUUUAGCUUUUGAUCAACCUGACAAUCUCUCCAGGAUGCAAGCAAAAGGAACAGCAAAAAUUGUAGACAUUGCAACUCUGGACAGGACCGUGUUUCUAGAGGCAUUAAAGGAGGUAUUGCAUAACCCAGUUUACAAGGAAAACAUGCAGAGACUGUCCAGGCUACACCAUGAUCAGCCAAUGAAACCCCUUGAUCGUGCUCUCUUCUGGAUUGAGUUUGUCAUGAGGAAUGGAGGAGCCCCUCAUUUGCGAACACAGUCGUUCAGAAUGUCCUGGAUUGCCUAUCACUCUAUAGAUGUUAUUUUGACUUUAAUGGUGACUGUCAUCAUAUUUGCAUUUGUGACUGUUUAUAUAAUUCGAUAUUUCUGUCUGGUUAUAUGUAAAAAGAAAGUAAAAUAUGAAUGAUUUACAGUCUGGAAAUAACAGCCAAUUUAAUUUCCUUGUUAUGAUAGCAUGUGUUGCUGUGAAUAAUCUGAAAUAAUUUUCAAAAAUGUUUUUGUUGGAUUUGUGAAAUAAAAUUUUAGUCCAAAACAAUAAAAGUAUAAUG